AGCGUUGGGACAGUAACGGAAAGGUUGCUGGAUCGAAUCCCAGAGCUCCUGAGGAGCACCACGGCAGAGAAGCUGGCCCUGCUUUUCUUCAAGCUCAGGCCUCUCCUGAGGAGCACCACGGCAGAGAAGGAGCUGGCCCUGCUUUUCUUCAAGCUCAGGCCUCUCCUGAGGAGCACCACGGCAGAGAAGGAGCUGGCCCUGCUUUUCUUCAAGCUCAGGCCUCUCCUGAGGAGCACCACGGCAGAGAAGGAGCUGGCCCUGCUUUUCUUCAAGCUCAGGCCUCUCCUGAGGAGCACCACGGCAGAGAAGGAGCUGGCCCUGCUUUUCUUCAAGCUCAGGCCUCUCCUGAGGAGCACCACGGCAGAGAAGGAGCUGGCCCUGCUUUUCUUCAAGCUCAGGCCUCUCCUGAGGAGCACCACGGCAGAGAAGGAGCUGGCCCUGCUUUUCUUCAAGCUCAGGCCUCUCCUGAGGAGCACCACGGCAGAGAAGGAGCUGGCCACACUCAAGGAGGAGUUUGCCAAGUCGAAGGACGUGUUUGACAAGUCUGAGGCAAAGCACAAGGGGCUGCAUGAGAGACAGGUGGCCCUGAUCCAGGAGAAGAAUGACCUGGCCCUACAGCUGCAAGCAGAGCAGGACAACCUGAUGGAUGCAGGUUGUGACCUGCUGAUCAAGGCCAAGGUCAUAGAGCUGAAGGAAAGACUUGAGGAUGAGGAGAUGAACGCCAGCCUGAACGCCAGCCUGAACGCCAGCCUGAACGCCAGCCUGAACGCCAGCCUGAACGCCAGCCUGAACGCCAGCCUGAACGCCAGCCUGAACACCAGCCUGAACGCCAGCCUGAACGCCAGCCUGAACACCAGCCUGAACACCAGCCUGAACGCCAGCCUGAACACCAGCCUGAACACCAGCCUGAACACCAAGAACCACAAGCUGGAGGAUGUGUGUGCAGAGCUGAAGAAAGACAGAUCUGGAGAUCACCAUGGCCAAGGUGGAGAAGGAGAGACAUGCCACAGAGAACAAGGUGAAGAACCGGAUGGAGGAGAUAGGUGUUCUGGGCGAGUCCAUGCUGAGCCUGACCAAGGAGAAGACGGCCCUGCAGGAGGCCCACUGGCAGCCCGAGUCCAUCUUGUGUCUGACCAAGGAGAAGGCGGCCCUGCAGGAGGCCUACCAGCAGGCCCUGACUAACCUGCUGGUCGGGGAGGAUAAGGUCAAUAUGUUGAGCAAGGCCAAGGUCAAGCUGGAGCAGCAAGUGGACAAUGUUAGUAAAGGGACAUGAAAAACACACUUCACCACAUACAGUAGCCUAACUAGCUCCUUAGUUAAAUACAUAGCGUCUGUCAAUCAUUAAAAUGAAGGGUCACACGGCACAGCAUGACUUUAAGUUAUUAAUUUGUCAGAAAGUUAACUGACCUCGAGAAGCUAACCAAACUCACCUUUCUCUGCUUCUCGCUCUGUGUAGCAGAGUAUAAUUGUAGGCUAGUGGAACCUGAGGCUAUGGUACCAAGAUCUCCUUCAGCCAGAACACUGAACAAAUAGCUGUGGGAGAACAAGGUCAGAGGUCACACUUAGGUUAACUAAGUUGGUCACCCGUAUACAGUGCUUUCGGAAAGUAUUCAAAACCCCUUUCAACAUUUUGUUAAGUUACAGCCCUAUUCCAAAAUGUAUUCAAU